GAACCUGCUCGAGGUGAGGCUGGAGCGGCUCGGGAUGCGAGGCGGGCGGGGGCAGGCUGAAAGUUGGAGCAAGCAGGAAGUGAAGCGAGGGCCGCCCGGGAGGAAACAGACUAGGCGCGUCCCGUCGCUGACAGGCCCGAGCCGCUGGGAGACAUGGAGGAGGCCAGUGGAGGUGGGGGACAUGAUCACGUAAGGAACCUGCAGAGUGAGGUGGAGGGAGUCAAGAAUAUUAUGACCCAGAAUGUGGAGCGCAUCCUGGCCCGAGGAGAAAACCUGGAACAUCUCCGCAACAAGACAGAGGAUCUGGAAGCCACAUCGGAGCACUUCAAGACUACGUCGCAGAAGGUGGUUCGGAAGUUCUGGUGGAAGAACGUGAAGAUGAUUGUCCUCAUCUGCGUGAUUGUUUUUAUCAUCAUCCUCUUCAUCGUGCUCUUUGCCACCGGUGCCAUCCCAACUUAGGGAGCCCCUCGCCCCCACCCUUUCAGCGCAACCCUCCAUAGCGGAUGCCAAGAAGGACCCUCUCUCCCAUCCUCGCUGCAGGGAGUGCUGCUGCGUCCUCCCACCCUCACUCUGAGGCCCCUCUGCGACACUGUCUGCCCCAGCACCUUGGCCCCCGGAAGGAGAGAGCUAGACUGUGGCUGUGUUUCAUGGGCCCUCAGAGUUGGUCAGAGAGACACCCAGAAGGCCCAGCCUGUGGCUGGGAAACUGAUGGUGGCCGGUGGGCAAUAAAGACCUUUCAGUAUCCCUA